AUGGAAGACUAUGUCGACGACAUCGACACUUUGCUAGUCUUCGUGGGUACCUCGUUCCUGCAAGCAUCGCGUGCUGAUCCGCGCGGACAGACUGGUCUUUUUUCGGCCAUCCUUACUGCGUUUCUUGUUCAAACUUAUUCCAUGCUUCAAGUCAACAAUACAGACACAACGAACCAAUUGCUCGCCAUCAGCGUGGCUACGCAGUUGCGCACCGCUGGAACAGUCAUCACCGAUACCCUGAACCAGACCCUGACAACCCUUUCCAACGCUGUUUCCACGCCAUUCUCUCCAUCUUCGGCCACACGUUGGAUCAACAUCUCGUUCUUCAUGAGCCUCAUUCUCGGCCUCGCGGCGGCCCUGUUCAGCAUCCUGGCGAAGCAGUGGAUCCGCGAGUAUCUCAAAUGGAACUCUCCGCUUGCACUCCCACGCGAAAAUGUCCUCGUGCGUCAGAUUCGCAUGGAGGCCUGGAGGGACUGGCAAGUGUCGGCCGUCCUUUCGUCCAUCCCCAUCCUCCUUGAGCUUGCCAUGAUUCUCUUUCUUGCUGGCGUCACCAUCCUUCUGUGGACCCUCGACGACUUCGUAGCCCGUAUUAUCACGGUCUUUGUCUCACUUUUCCUGGGCGCGUUCGCAGCUCUCUCAGUCUUGCCAAUAUUUACGCGGCGUUGCCCGUACAGGUCCCCGACCGCGUGGGCC